AUGAAGUUUUGGGAUGAUGAAGACGUGUGCAAAAAGCUAAGUCAACCAAUGGUCAUUGCUGAUCAUGAAACUCCAUCCCCGUCUGAUGAUAAAGAAAGUGUGUUCAAAAGGCUUGAUGAGGUAAUGGGUAUUGUUCAUAAGACUGCUACUUCUGGUGAUGUGAAAGGUCUGAAAACUGCGUUGGCUACUGCGAAUAAAGAUGACGAAGACUCCGAGGGAAGGACAGCUCUGCAUUUGGCUUGCUCGCGUGGUGAGGUGAAAUGUGCUAAAGUUCUUCUGAAGGCUGGAGAAAAUCUCAAUGCGGUUGACAAAAACAAGAGCACACCAUUGCACUAUGCUGCUAACUGUGGGAGAAAAGGGUGUGUGUUUGAUGUGGCUAGUUUCGUGUGUAGCUCUCUGCAAAACAUGGAUGGCAAAACUCCCAUUUAUUUGGCUAAGCUUAACUAUCAUCUCAACGUUGUGAACUUGCUUGAGAAGGACGCUUGA